CUGGUAACUGUGCGGCUGAUGGCGGCCGAGAGGGCCAGCUGCUAAGGUUGCUUUCUGUGCCGCAGGAAGCAUGGAGGGUGCCACAGGUGCUGACCCGAGUGUGUCCGCGGAGGAGGAGAAGGUCCGGCCGCAGGCACCCCAGGCGGAGCAGGGGCCGCUCUUGUAUCACGAGGAGACCAUCGAUCUGGGCGGAGACGAGAGCAUCUCAGAGGACUCCAGCCACUUCCUGGAUAAGCUCAACGAACACAUGAUGGAGAGUGUCCUCAUUUCAGACUCCCCUAAUAACAGCGAAGAUGACGCCGGUGACCUGGGCUGCCUGCGGGAUGUCACGGAGCCCGGCCUGGCUGGGGCCUCUGCUGGCGAAGGGCUGCGCUCCCUGAGUGAUGGUAGCGAGGCAGACACAGAUGACACGCCCAGAGACCUCUCUGACCUGACCUCUGACAGCAGGGCCUCUCUGAAGGAGGAGCCCACCCAGGAGGAGGCAGCGGGCACGCCUGUCUUGGAGGAUGCAGGUGCCGACGUCUUGGCACCCCGGGCAGAGGAGCAGGCCCCAGCCCCGGCCCCAGCUGUACCUUCCAGCCGGCCCGCCAAAGAUGAGCCCGUGCCCGUAUGUACCAUCUUUAGCCAGGCAAGCCCCACGCCCGCCCAGCCGCAGCUCUUCCUGCAAGAUGGCUUCGAAUCGCAGAUGGUGAAAUCUCCGAGCUUCAGCAGCGCCAGCGAGCCCUCCGCCAAGACCCCUCCGCAGGCGGUGCGCCCCAGCCCCAGCCUGAGCAGGUUUUUUGGGGAUACAGUGAGCGGGAACUCAGCAGCCUCUGGCUUCUUUGACUCCUUCACCACGUCCACUUUCACGUCCGUCAGUAACCCCCACGCGGGCUCCUCUGGCCCGGACAAGUUGUCUCCACUGAGCAGCCCAGUGGGAGAGAAGUCCCCACGGCCCUCUGACUCUCCUUAUCCUUUGGGGAUGGAGAGAUCAGAGUCGGGGCCCUCCACGGCCUCGCAGGACGGGCCCGACUCCCCGAGACCGUUUUCACAGAUCCAGGCUGUGUUUGCUGGGAGUGACGACCCUUUCGCCACAGCGCUCAGCAUGAGCGAGAUGGACCGCAGGAACGAUGCGUGGCUUCCCAGCCAGCGCACCAGAGAUGUCCUGGCCGCCGUGGCCACCCAACAGGGCGGCACAGUGUUCGUGGACAAGGAGAGCCUCACCAUGCCAGGGCUCAGGUUCGACAACAUUCAGGGAGAUGCAGUAAAGGACUUGAUGCUUCGCUUCCUGGGUGAAAAAGCUGCGGCGAAGAGACAGGUCCUGAGUGCCAGCUCCGUGGAGCAGUCCUUCGUGGGGCUGAAGCAGCUCAUUAGCUGCAAAAACUGGAGGGCAGCAGUUGACCUGUGCGGACGCCUCCUCACUGCCCACGGCCAGGGCUACGGCAAGAGCGGGCUGCCCACCAGCCACACCACAGACUCACUGCAGCUUUGGUUCGUGAGGCUGGCACUGCUGGUGAAGCUGGGCCUGUUCCAGAAUGCCGAGGUGGAGUUUGAGCCCUUCGGGAACCUCGACCAGCCAGACCUUUACUAUGAAUACUACCCGCACGUGUACCCCGGCCGCAGGGGCUCCAUGGUCCCCUUCUCAAUGCGCAUCUUGCACGCAGACCUUCAGCAGUACCUGGGGAAUCCACAAGAGUCGCUGGACAGACUGCACAGAAUCAAGACCGUCUGCAGCCAGAUCCUGAGCAACCUGGAACAAGGCCUGGCAGAGGACGGGGGUGUGAGCAACAUGACCCAAGAGAACAGGCAAGCCUCCCUGCAGCUGUGGCGGGCACGCCUGGGCCGGGUGACAUACUCCGUGGCCAACUGUCUGCUGCUGAUGAAGGAUUACGUGCUUGCUGUGGAUGCCUACCAUUCGGUCGCCAAGUGCCACCCGGAGCAGGAGCCGCAGCUGCUGAGCGGCAUCGGCCGGAUCUUCCUGCAGCAGAUCGGAGACAUUAAAACUGCUGAGAAGUAUUUCCAAGAUGUUGAGAAAGUAACACAGAAGUUGGAUGGACUGCAGGGCAAAAUAAUGGUUCUGAUGAACAGAGCAUUCUUGCAUCUGGGGCAGAACAACUUCGCCGAAGCCCACAGGUUCUUCACUGAGAUCUUGAGGAUGGACCCGACCAACGCUGUGGCCAACAACAAUGCUGCCGUGUGCCUGCUCUACUUGGGCAAGCUCAAGGACUCCCUGCGGCAGCUGGAGGCCAUGGUCCAGCAGGACCCCCGGCAGUACCUGCACGAGAGCGUCCUCUUCAACCUGACCACCAUGUACGAGCUGGAGUCCUCGCGCAGCGUGCAGAAGAAGCAGGGCCUGCUCGAGGCCGUGGCCGGCAAGGAAGGGGACAGCUUCAACACCCAGUGCCUCAAGCUGGCCUAGGUCUCAGUGCUGCAGCUCUGCUGUGCAAUAAAGGCUGACUCACUGCUGCCCGGGAGCCCCUGCUGACCCCAUGCGUGGCCUGGCCUGGAUCACUGCUGCACAGGAGCCCCCUGCUGACCCCACGCGUGGCCCCUCCUGGGUCACUGCCUCAUGGGAGCCCCCCUUCGGACCCCAACUGGGUCUCUGUCAUAUGGGAGCCCCCUUCAGACCCCUCCUGGGUCUCUGCUUCAUGGGAGCCCCCUUCUGAUCCCACCGCAGCCACAGCCUGGCCUGGGUUGCUGCCAGCCUGGCGCAGGGCUAUACUCCAUUCACAGGGCAUCUUGGCAGGUGCACUGAACUGCGUCCCAGGCAGCGGGUCCACAGUGUGGCCACGUAUCUCCAUUACUCCUGGAAGUCAUCUGGUGAUUUUUAUUUCUUCAGAUAUUUUUUCACUUAAAAGCAAAGUGAGAGAGCCGGACAGUUACGCAGCUUGCAUGCACUGGGCACUCCCCAGAAGCCUGCGCCAGCCAGCCUGUGUCCCCGUGACUAUGGCCACUCAUGGUCCUCUGCCAUCCUCUGUUCUCAGCCCAGAGCUUCAGCGGCUCCGCUGGCCACCAGGACAAGGCUGGUGGUGGGCAGAGGGCAGGCCCUGGUUUCCUCAUGUGUGACACACAGGGUGGAGAGUGAGCAGACCAUAGGCUGCCCGAGCCAGCGUGGGGCCCCGUGCUCCCGUCGUUUCUCCUGCCCUGGGGGAAUGUUCUGAACCUGAAAAUGUGACGGCUGAGCAGGGCCUUUCAUGCCGCUUGUGGUGACUGCAUCAAAGCCAGUGCUGACGGGCAGGGCUCACUGACACAUGCACCGUGCUCCGUCCAUUCUACAGAAAGGUGCAGGUGCCCCUGCCGGAAGGCGCAGGAAUUGGGGCCUGUCUCAGCUAAAGGCUUCUCCUCAGCGGGUGGCCCUGCGGGGAGGGACCAGAUGCCCAGGGCUGAGUCUUGGUAGGGGAGCCUGCCUGCCCUGUCUUCACAGCUGCUGCUUGAUGCAGCCAGGCAGGGCCAGGAGGGAGGCAGGUUCUCUGCAAGCCGUGAGGUGAGCCUGCGUCCAGCCUUCUUCCCGCCACCUCCAAGCCCAGCACUGGCCCAGCACGUGAUGGGGCAGGCUGCUCAGGAGCAGGCAGGGUUAGGGGAAGCUCCCCACGCAGCAGCGACACCGCCUUCGGCUCCUACAGGAAAGAGGGGCCGGUGUUCUAGAGUAGCAGGUGUUCAGCCAUGCCAGCUUCCCAAAUGAGCACCAGUUCAUGUCCCAGCUCCCUGCUUGUGGCCUGGGAAAGCAGUGGAGGCUCAAAGCCUUGGGACCCUGCACCCACGUGGGCGAUGCCCAGAAGAGGCGCCUAGCUCCUGGCCUCCCUGGCCUGGCCCAAAGCUAACCAUUGGAGCCUUGUGAGAAAGAUCAGCAGAUGGUUCAGUAUGUCUCCCUCUCUAAUCCUGACUUUGAGAGUAAAUAAUCCUUCAAAAAUAAACAGUAAAGAGCAAAAUGCUGAGCAUUUAUAAUGUCUGAAUAAUUAUUUUAUGCUGUUUACACUCAGUUUUCCUUAUAUUAAAAGGUAAGUGAACUAAAACUGUGGCAUGCAGGUGCCCAGCCAUGAAGAGCCUGGUCGGGACACUGAGGUGCCUUGGGGCAGUGCUGACUCCACCGUCAGGCAGCUGCAGCGUGCGCCCAGGGUGGCAGCAGUGCGGGUACCUGCCUACUCCCAGGAGGCCUGGACCACUGGUGCUGCUGGAGCCCUGGCCUGCUGAGGCCCGCUCUUCCCUCCAUGCUUGGCUACGACUCUUCUGGAAGCUUCCCAGCCAUCCUGGGCCACUUCACCUCAUUUUGCAGUCUCCACACGUCUCAGCCGUGUGACCCACCUAACUUCCAGCGACCAUGUUCACAGUGGACGCUGUGCAAAGGCCAACGCUGGUGUCUCCGCGGGCACGCGGCCUUCUGCCUUCAGGCACUUGCUCUGUCACUGAGGACUGGAGUGUCUGCAGGGACUGGGACAGGACCCAGAGAGCCAGGCCCUGCUCCCACUCCCCCACGGAGGCCAGCACCUCGCCAUGCACGCAGCCCCUCCGCUCCCUAGGCCUGCUGAGGACCAGGACAGAUGCCACCGGGGCUGGACCCCUCUCCCCAGGGGAGGACAGGGCAGACCCGUCCACGUCAGCAGCUGUAGCUCUCCCACAGCUGCACCUGUGUCCAACGCCAAGUGUGUGUCACUGCGUACAACCCCGUGCUCGGGAACGUGUGCACAAGAUGCAAACCACACUCCGGAAAAGGCAGCCAAAUGUGGCUGUAAGUGGUCAGCAGAGCCGCGAGGCUGCGACACCGCAGAGCCGCCUGGAAGGAGGAGAGGGAGGCUGUGGGUGAGCCGGCCACUGGGAGAGCAAGUCCCGGCGUCCCACCGAAGGGCUACCUGAGGCCAAGUGGGCAGCUCCAAGCCCUGGGCUCGCGUGUUAGUUCUGCACAAUUCGCGAGUCAGAAAGGAAGUCCCAGGACGUCAGCGGAGCAGCGCUUCUGCCAGCUGCAGGGCUGGGCAGCCAGGUGGGCCAGGCACCGCCUGCCGCUGGGAGCCCACGCCUGAAGCUGCGCCGCUGUCCACACGUGUGGACCUGCUGUGUUGUGGACACAC